GGAAAUGAUCCCGCAAACUAUUUUUAUUUUUGUUGUCAGUUACAGUGGGAAUUGAGAGAAUCAGUUUAAUCUUAUUUCGUUUUUUUUUUCAGCUGUCAACUUCUGCAGUUUGCUCGAUUUAUAAUUAGGCUUAAGAAAUAAAAAUGGAUGCCAUAACAAGGGCCCUGAAACCUAAAUUGAUGCUAUGGUGAGAGGUGUCCCCAGAUUAUAUUCAUUCUCAUUGGUUGCUGCUUUAUGGCCUGCAAAUGUCUACCCAAAAUCCAUUCCCUGUGUGUUUUCAGGACAGAUGUAAACUACCAUGAGAUGGAGGAAAUUGACAAAAUGCAGUCCAUUCCUGAUCUGGAGAGUGCUUUAGGCAGGGUGUUUGGAGUCGAUCUCCCUGAACCAAAAAGAGGAGUUCUGCUGGAGUUGUAUGUGCAGACGGUGCUGUUUUGCAGAGAAUGCAACUUCAAAAAGGAACAAACAUCUGCUCUCUUGUCCAUCAUCAAGUCCAUUCAUGAGGCUAAUAUAGAAACUUCACUCAACAACAUAGAGCAGUGUUUCAAAUACUGCAAGGAGCUACUUCUCUGCCACUCAGUCAGGCGACCUCCCUUCAGUAUCGACCUCUUUAACUCUGAGGAGGUGACCUUUAUCUUAAACUACAUCUAUACCGGCUAUGUGAGACACUACAAACUCUACAGAUAUAUCUUCACCCCACAGCUAAAACUUGACUUGUCUUUGACUUACUCUGGGAUCCCAGUCCAAGAUGAACCUGCUAUGGUGGAUUCCUCCGCUCCAGAUGUUGAGAAUGUAAUGGAAAAGGAAACAGAAGCAUCCAGUGAAGAGCCGGAGGGAGCCAGCCUAGGUUCACAAUCAGAACUGAAGACACUUAUAGAGAGAGAGGUCAGAGAGCAGAUGACGCUUGUGUCUGGACAACUCGAUCAGCGAAUGAAGGAUAUUGCAGAGAAGCACAAGAACACACCGGAUUCUCCACAGCCCAACCAGAAGGCCAAAAAACAAUGAAUUAGGAACACAAAUUAGGACAACUUGAGCUUAGGAUGAGUUUUAUUGUCAAUAAAUCCUUUUUUGUUUAUAUACAGUACAUAUAUAUCUGCAUUUUUACAAGUACAUUUCUCAGGCAGGCACUUUCUGGAAAAGUGCUACUUAUUAAACUGCAGAAUAAACAGAGUUUGUAACAUGGUUGUUUAGGUUCAAUAGGAAAUACACUCACAAUAGUCUUCACAGUUAGUUGAAGUGGGUUUCCUAUGAAGGAAUGUCUGCAUGCAUGACAGUAUAUCUACCAAAAACAUUCCAAAUACUGUACUUGAAUGUUAAUCAUGUCUUCUGGUACUGCUUUGUAACACUUGAGUACCAGUAAAUCUGAACCUUGUUGUGUCUAUGUAAGUAUUAUCUAAAUAGUAAACCAUAGCGCUUUGAAACACAUUCUCUCCUCAGUAUAACAGACGAUCAACAGGUCAAAUCCUAAGUACACAUAAUGCAGUCCUAUGUCAUAUUUGAUUAAAAUCAUUGUGCAAUGUGUCCUAAACUGCAAAGUGGUACUGCGAGCAGAAUGACCUGACAGGAAGAGUUUCAAACAGCCACGAACUCGGAUCAAAACGCAGAUAGGAUAAGAUGUGCGUGCUUAUCUUGAACUCUGAAAACCACGGUGCAAGGCAUAAAAACACCCUGGCCCCCUGAGCACCUCAUAUUGAAAUCAAACACAGUAAUUCAACAAGACAAACACUGACAUGAGUACAUGCAAAUGUUUAAAUAAAAAUCACUGUGGUUUGGCUUGAGGUUGACCUGUUUAUGGUUCGAAGUCCUCCAGGCCCAGCAGCAGGAUCUUAGCUGUGUUCUGAAAGAGGGCAGCUCGGUUCUGCUGCUCCCCUUUCUUCACCCAGUGCCCGUAGAUGCGGAAGGCGCAGCCGUCGAUGAGUUUGCGCACACCGCGGAGCGAGUAGGGAUCUCGGGCUAGCACCUCCCGAGUCAGCGGGCGAGUCCUGCGGUAACGGCUGUACAUCCUGAUACAGGCCAACACGCUGACUAUAUACACCUGAAGAAGCAGGAAAGCAGAGCAGGUGAGAGUGGAGAGUAUUAGAAUGAUGUAUUACUUUAAAAAAGCCAAGUUGAUGCUGGGACUCACCCUAAAUGUCUUUCUGGGACUGAAGAGUCGCACUUUCUCCUUCUGGUACAGUCUGAAGAAGGGAUGUGAUAAGGCUUGCUCAGAGGUGAGACGGACAGCAGGGUCCACUACCAGCAGCCUGGAUAUCUGAGCAGCACAAGCAAAGUGAUUGAAGACAGGACUAGUGUGAAGCUGUAGAGGUUACUAGCAAAACAACCAAAUUAAAGCUUUAUGUUUUAACCUUAACAUUUGCUCCAAAUAAAGAACAAUCACAUCCUGUUUUGCUGAGUAAUUGUUUAAUCUUACGUGAUAUCUGGGUGAAACUAAAGAAGAAUAUUACAAACAUUCACAUGGUAUGAUAAAACUUCGCUCAGCUUACCAGAUCCUUCACAUUGUCCGACCUGUCGUCCCACUCAGGGGAGCUGAACUGAUAACGACCCUCCAUGAUCAUCCUCAGCAUCAGCAUCUGCUUGCGAUGCCAGAACGGCGGUGAUCCA